UUGCGUGGAACCCUCUGGGGGUACUUGGUCGGAGCCAUCGUCCCCAAACAGGGGCGGCCGCCAUGGAGGUCAGUGACCAAUUUCUCCAAAUCUCCAACAUCCGGCACGAGAAGCCCAACUGCCCAGCGGAUUUGGAUGUGGGAGUUCCUCCGGAAACCUCGUCCAAGGCGUGCGAAGCGCCGCCAACAGUGGCUUCCGAGAGCUUCUUGCGGUUGAUCAAUUUGGUCGUGCAACAGCACAUCAUUGAGUUGGCCACCCGUGACAAACCUCCCGAUCCUUUGGAGGAGGUGCCACGCCCCGUGAGCCCGAAGAGCCCAAAGCCUCCAUCAGCUCGUUUGCGCAUGGACUCCUUCGACGAGGCGAAUUCGGGCACCAGCUCUCGCAGCAGCAACCUGUCGCGGAAGCUCAGGGCCUCGAGGCAAUCGAACAACUCCAAGCUGCAAAGGGGCAUGACGGCGAAGGUCAUGUGCAAACAGCAUGAAGCCAUGCCCGAAGUCAAUGCCAGUAGGAUCUUCGACUUGUUGGACGAUCACUCGGAGGAGCUGGACGAGGUGAAGAACGCCUUCAAACCCUCCUACACCUUCAUAACCAAGACGGAGGCCUUGCCGGGGCUUCUUUCGGAGACGCCCUCGGCGAUCAUGUUCCGGUGCGACCGAAGUCGCAGGUCGUGCAGCCCGGUGAGUCAUCCCGUAAGUCGGCCCCGUCUCGAAGGUCCGGGGCUGUUUCAACGCCGUGAACGCCAGGGUUGGAACGAUGUCUGACCUGUCAGGAUGAUUGAUGCCAUUCUGACACUUCUGGCUCAAGCAGUUGGUGAAUGUGAACAGUGGAAGGAACACUUCCUACCUUGAUCAUCCUCGAUCCCUUUGAAGCCUCUUCCCAUGGGCAGCCAGUCCACUAUGGGCAGCGAUUGGGUGAGGUUGCGCUUGGAAUACCUUGCGCGGGAGACAGCUGAGGAAGCUCCAGAGAUCAGCUUGUUGCUGUUGGCCCUCUCCAUAGAACCAACUGAAGCAAACAACCAUCGCCGAUCAAGUGGAGUUCAGAGCCCACGUGCCACUCCUCAAGUUCAGCAAGAUGAUCAUGAAGCAGAAAAUGAGGCAGAGCUGAUAUGCCGGCCGAUCCGGUAGUGGAGAGUGGCUUGAUAGUAUUACCUCAGCAUUGAAGCUUAGGCUUAGUAGUCUCACUCUUUGAACUCAGUAAAGUCAGAAUUGAAUCCACCCUGGAACUUCAAGACUGAA